GAAUAAAAUAAAAGGAAAUAUUAGUCUGCCAAAGAAAUUUUCUAGAAAAAGUAGCAUAGUGAAAUCCUACUCAUUUAAUGGUAACUGAAAGAAGGAAUUUGUAUGGUGCAACUGCAAGAAGCAGUGAGUGAUGAAGAUGAAAAGUGGUUUCCAUUUAAUGGAAGUUGUAGGCUUGGUAGCAUUUACAUUUGCUUUGAGGUGUGGCACUGCAAAGAUCAAAACUUUUGUCUGUGUGGCUGUGAGGAAGUGAUGCUUUGCUUGAUGCUUGGAAAAACAAAACCAAAAGGCAUGAGGAUGUGAUGCUCAUUUUUCUAGUUUUAGUUUUUAUCCACAAGCUUUUGUUUUGUGACUUGUAAUAACUUUGUAACCUAUAAACCCACACAACCUCAACCUCCACCACCCCUCUCAUCUCUUACUCUUUUUUCUUUUGUUUUCUUUGUCCAAGACAUUGGCUUUGGAGUCCGAGGUACAGUCUUGGAAGGAUUCACCACAUUCCUCACCACCCUUUGUGUCCUCCAACUUCUCUGCAACAUUUCCUCGCUUUCUAGGCCCUUGUCUCACGUUCUGCACUUAUCAUAAUGCCAUUCAGAAGCAUACUGCGUGAGCUCAAGGAGAUUGGAGAGGGUAUCAGCAACAUGUAUAGAAGAGGGGGAGAGGGAAAACAUGUGCAUCGCCAUGGAAAAUCUCACAUUGCACCAGAAUGUUCUCUACCACCAUCCUCCUCUUCCUCCUCCUCCUCAUCUUCUUCUUCCUCUUCCUCUUCUUCAUCACAGAGUCGUUGGGCUAACUUACCACCAGAGUUGCUUUUAGACAUAAUUCAAAGGUUGGAAGCCAGUGAAACAUCAUGGCCUGCACGUAGAGCACUUGUGGCAUGUUCCUCAGUUUGUAGGCUGUGGAGAGAGAUAACAAAGGAUGUGGUGAAGACACCAGAACAGUGUGGUUUGCUCACUUUUCCUAUAUCACUGAAGCAGCCUGGUCCAAGAGACUCACCAAUCCAGUGUUUUAUUAGGAGAGAAAGAGUGUCUUCAACAUAUUGUUUAUAUCUCGGCCUGAGCCCUGCCCUUUCUGGUGAUAUGAGCAAACUGCUACUGGCAGCAAAGAAGAUUCGAAGGGCAACAUGUACAGAAUUUUUAAUAUCAUUGGUUGCAGAUGAUUUCUCUCGAACAAGCAACACUUACAUUGGAAAGUUGAGGUCUAAUUUUCUUGGCACCAAGUUCAUGAUCCUGGAUGGCGAGUCCCCACAUGAUUCUUCACUUCCAUUGAACUGCAAGUUGCAGCAAAGAGUCCAUCUGAAGCAGGUACUUCCCAAGGUUGCUGCUGCUGCUGCUAACUACAAAGUGGCCACAGUAUCUUAUGAACUCAAUGUCCUCCGAACAAGAGGACCAAGGCGAAUGCGGUGUACGAUGCACUUGAUUCCCAUAUCUGCAAUCCAAGAAGGAGGAAGUGCUCCAACUCCUUUGAAGUUUACAAAUUAUCUUAAUGAGCAUGUAUCUGUCACCACCCCCACCACCACCACCACCUCAGACUCAAAAGGAAGUAAGUCAGAAGUUGUUGAGUUUGACACAAAUGAGACUGAAAGUACUCAAGAAUCAAGCCAGAGGGCAAGGGAACCAUUGGUUUUGAAAAACAAGGCCCCGAGAUGGCAUGAACAACUGCAAUGCUGGUGCUUGAAUUUCAAGGGAAGGGUUACAGUGGCCUCUGUGAAGAACUUCCAGCUCGUGGCAGCUGCUGAACCAUGCCAAAAUGUUUCAGCUGCUGAACAUGAAAAAGUGAUUCUACAAUUUGGAAAAAUCGGGAAGGACAUAUUCACCAUGGAUUACCGAUACCCCCUCUCAGCUUUUCAAGCCUUUGCAAUAUGUUUGAGCAGCUUUGACACAAAACCAGCUUGUGAAUGAUUGAUAUCACGACUGGUGCCUACACCAUUGUUGUCGAUUGUGUCACUCUUCCUUGAUAUAAAAUGUACAUAUUUUCGUAAGGAAGGAGAGAAGAAGCUGGAUCAAACAAACAGCUCUCGUUCUAAUGAGUACUUUAAUUCUGCAUGCACAAGUUUAAUCUGUGUAAUGCUAUCUUUUAGGAUUCAUGUUUAA